UGUUCAAUCAGAGACUCCUAUGUGUUCAAAUAACGAUCAACAAAGCGAUAGCGAAUCUGAUCAUGAUAACUAUAAAACAGAUAAACUUCAACUUAAUGUGGGAUAUCAAAAAAGUAUUAAUACUAUAGUUAUUAAUAAAUUUGUUGAAAGAUAUAAUCAUUCUCUUGCACCACAUAGAAAAAAGUUUGCCCCAAGCUUACGUUCACUUUUGCAAAACAUUUUUGAUACAAUAAAGUUUCCAAUACAAGAAUAUAACCUUGGAGCAAAGGCUCGACAUUGGUAUAUUUUAAAGAAAUUUUCUGAUCAACCAUUAUAUGACUGUGAUUUGUAUAAUGCUUUAU